CCACUGCGGUGGCCCCCCGCUCCCCGCCCCCAUCUCCGUGCUCUGUAGAUUCUGUCGCCAUUGCCGAGAGGCUGUUCGGUCAGAGCGUCUCUCUCUCUCCUCCCUCCGUAAACGGUCGUUUUCUCCUGGUAUAGUGCAGUUUGCGGUUUGGAACAUGUGUAGUGUUAUGCAAGCUGACAGUAGAAAAAUGGACAUGUUGAAGAUUUUGCAUAAAACAACAGAACGCCUAGAAUGCGAUCACUGUAAUUUCAGAGGCUCUGACUAUGAGAAUAUACAAAUUCAUAUGGGUACAAUUCACCCUGAGUUCUGUGAUGAAAUGGAUACUGCAGGAUUAGGGAAACUUAUAUUUUACCAGAAAAGUGCAAAGUUAUUUCACUGCCACAAAUGCUUUUUUACCAGCAAAAUGUACUGUAAUGUCUAUUAUCAUAUCACGGCACAACAUUCAUUGUCAGACAAACAGAAGGAAAACCAGAAAGGUGUGUUGGAAACUGAAUCCCUCAAAAAGCCUAUCUUUGUGGAACCUCAAAAGCCUUCUCAGUCUCCUGAAACACAAAAACGCACUGUGUCUCCCGAUUCUCAAAAGCCUGCUCCUCCUGAACUGCCAAAGUCUGAUGUGGGACUACAUUCUAAGAUACAGAAGCCUACUUCAUCAACAACCAUAGAACAUCAAAAGUUUGUUUCAGUUGCAUGUUUGGAGGCACAAAAACCUGCUCCUGUUGUACCAGAACUUCCAAAUCCUGUUUCACUUGUGUCCUCAGAAACACUGAAACCCCCCCUUUCCGUCACUCCAGAACCACUGAAGCCUGCUUCAGUAGAUAUUGCAGAGAUACCAAAAUCUCUCCCUGCUUUAUUAUUAGAGCAACAGAAACCUGUCACACCUACAUACAUUGAAACUCAAAAAAGCCUCCCUGUUGUAGAAUCAGAAAAAUCCGCUUCCUUUAUAUCUUCAGAACCACAGAAACCCAUUCCACCUGUAUCGCCAGAGGCCCAAAAGUCUGCCCAGCCUGCAUCUCCACCUGUGGUUAUGUCUGAAACACAGAAAUUUGCUCCAGCUGUGUCUCCAGAGCCUCGUAGACACUCUCCAAAUGUGUCUCCAGAGCCCCGCAAGCACUCACCAGCUGUAUCUCCAGAGCCCCGCAGGCACUCGCCAGCUGUAUCUCCAGAACUUAAGAAGCCUAUUGCUGGUUUAUCCACAGACGCUCGUAGGCAUAUUUCUCAAAUGAGGAGGCCUCCUUCAGCACUUUCACCCGAACCACGUAAACCUGACCCUCCACUGUCUCCAGAUCCCUGGAGACCUGUUCCAGAAACCUGGCGAUCUGCUGGUAGUAUUUCACAUGAUCAGCAGAAAUCUAUCACUAUUUCACCUUGGUCCCCCAAACCACAGACAUCAAUAUCACUUGAGCCCAGGAAACCUGCUUCAGAAUCCCGAAGGCCUGGAAAUAUGAUGUCCUCAGAAUCUCAGAAGUUUAUGCCUGAUACUUGGAAAUCUACCCCCAUGCCUGAAUCUCCAAAAUCUAGUCUUGCUUCCUCAGAACCCUGGAAACCCAUUUCUUCUGUUUAUCCUGAAGGUUGGAAACCUGUUUUGUCUCCUGACACAUGGAGGCCGUCACCAUCCAUAGCACCACCGGCUCCUCCUCCAAUGCCUGCAGAACUGAGGAAACCUGGCCCCCCUAUGUCACCUGAUAUUUGGAAACAGCCCUUCUUUUCUGAGCAACGUAAGCCUACCCCUUCUAUAUCUUCUGAUCCUUGGAAAUUUUCCUCCGAGUCCAGAAAAUCACCUUUCUUCCCAGAGCCUCAAAAGCCGACUACUUUUAUUUCUUCUGAGUUGCAGAAACGUGCUUUGUUUCCUGAAUCCCGAAAACGGGCCCUGUUUCCUGAAUCCAAAAAAUCUGUACCUCCUGUUUCCACAGACAUGCAAAAACGUUCCUUCUUCCAUGAAGCUCACAUACCUUUUCCUGAAACCCCCAAACCGGUUGUAUUUUCAGAAUCUCAUAGACCAACUCCUGUCUCCCCAGAUGUCCCAAAACAUUCCUUCUUCCCAGAUUCUCAGAAACAUGCGGUUGUUUCUCCUGAAAUCCAGGAGCAUGCUCCCUUCUCAGACUCUCAGAAGUCACCUACUCUCUCACAUGAAUUGUUGAAGUCUCCUGCAGUUUCUCCUGAAAUCCAGAAACAUGGUACCUUUGCUGAACUGCAGAAGCCAUCUCCUGAUUCCCUCGAGAAACAAAGUUUCUUUGCAGAACCCCCAAAACAUUCACUUUCACCUGAAGUCCAGAAAUCAAUUUCUUCAGAUCAGAAGCCAGUACAGAAUACAGAUACCCACAAACCAGUUGAAGCAAUAGGCAAGGAAGUUCACAAAACUAUCAAUGAUUUCAGUCCACCUGCUGCACCUGUUUUUUCAGACCUGCAGACUCUUAACGAAUCCAGUAAUAAAGAUUUCUUCACUGAGCAUCCAGAAGGAGAAAAUCCAUUCAGUAGUUUGUUAAUUCCAAAACAACAGCCCAUACAACCCAAGGAACCUGCAGAAGAAAUAUAUACCUGUCCAAAGAAAAAAGCCAAGAAAGAAAAUCCUGAGAUUUCUAAUACAGAGUUUAAUAGUAAUGAAAGUGGAAAUACUGAGAUGGAAACAUCAGACAUAAAGGAACAGGAAUCCAACAGUGAUCAGGAACAAUUUGAUACAGAGUCUCCUGACCAAAAUAAAGAAACUAAAAUUGAUGCUACUCCCACUCCGCCUCAGUGUGUGUUGCAGUUUACAGAAGAGAAGGAAGCUUUCAUCUCAGAAGAAGAGAUAGCAAAAUAUAUGAAGCGUGGCAAAGGGAAAUACUAUUGUAAAAUCUGUUGCUGCCGGGCUAUGAAAAAGGGAGCUGUUUUGCACCAUUUGGUUAAUAAACAUAAUGUGCAUAGCCCAUACAAAUGUGAUGUGUGUGGAAAGGCAUUUCUUUUGGAAUCUCACCUUAAGAAUCAUGUUGCUUCUCAUAGUCAGAGUUUGCUUAAAUGUCCACGUUGCAAUUUUGAGUCGAAUUUCCCUAGAGGGUUUAAGAAACAUCUAACCCAUUGCCAAAGCCGCCAUAGUGAAGAAGUAAAAAAACAGUUGGAUAUUGCUUCUGAGCCACCGAAUCAGAGCCAGCAGAAUGAAGAAGCUGGUAAUGUGCCAGAGGAGAAUGCUGAACCAUCAAAAGAAUUCCUUAAUGAACUGCAAACUGAAUGAAGUUGGUUUUGAAAAUUCAGAAAUCUCCAAAUACAUUGCAUUGGCAAUGUAGACACUGAUGUUGAAUUUCAGUGUAUAAAACUAUGUCAACAUACAGUAAACUUGAUGGCAACAAUUUGAUGCAUCGUUAAAUGCAUUUAAGCUACUAAUUAAUUAAACAGUUUUGUGUUUGCUUAACUGUGUUGCAAUGUAACCUUUAUAAUUACUUUACCAAAAUAGCAGCACUACUGCCAAAUUAAUAAGCUUGUUCUGGAUUGCACAGAAUGUCAUUUUUAAGACAGAAAGGAAUAAAAAUGGAAAAUAUUCAGCUAGAAAAGUGAAAUUCUAGCAAUUUAUCGAACCAAAUCCAAUUUUGUAUUUUGAAAAGCCUGAAACAAGAGGAUCACCAAAUGAGAUCACAAACCUUGCAUGAACUUUGCCUGCAGUUUAUGUUAUGAUUUAUCAUAUGUACUUGAGUUCCCAUUUCAGUGAAUUGCUUGCUUAGGUUAUUAAAAUAGGUAAGAUUUUUCUCACUGUAUUUGAAACACAAUCUGUGUGAAAUAACUAAAAUACCGUCAAUGUAUUGAAAGUGUAUAUGUGUUGUCUUGCUUUUAAGGAAUGUUUUCCAUUAACAAUAAAAAAUAAUUUUAUGUAUUUGAAAUUA